AUGUCUAGUUCUGCCCUGACUUUUGCCACCCUGGAAAAGUCAGGAGACACCUGGGAAAUGAAGGCAAUGACUUCCUCCAGCCUUGUUGUUCCAUGGCCACCAGAGACUCUGGCAUCCACCUAACAUCCCAACAAACCCUCACUGAGCCAGGGACUGAGCAUUUGGCCAGGAGCAGUUUGCCUCCCAGAACUGACAUUCCACGGGGAUGUGCACCAAAGAGAGGCCUAUCUAGGAUAUUUAAAACACCGAUCUCUCUUUAUAUCACUGAAUAAAUCUUCAGGGAAGAUCCUCCUCACCUCUAUUUCUUCCAAUACAACUGACGAAGGGCCCAAGAAGACAAACAAUGUUGGUGCAGAGCUCAGCAGCCCAAGGCACAGCCAUUCAGAUCAACUGGCAUUUACUAAAGGCUGCUAUAUCAGUUCCUUUUCCACAGUAUAUCCCAACACAUACACAGACACACACACACACAGACUGCUAUAACCAAUGAGACCCUUGCAUCAAGCCCCCU